UACAAGAGGGGCGGGAGCGGGGCGGGUAGAACCGGCGGGCUGGACCGUGGCCCCUCCGGUACCGGUACCGGCUCCGUGCUACGCCGAGCCGCCGCCUGCACGACAGGGGCAGCCAUGGGCAAGCACAGCAGCAAACUGGCCCCGGAGAUGCUGGAUGACCUGGUGAGGAGCACGGAGUUCAGCGAGCAGGAGCUGAAGCAGUGGUACAAGGGCUUCCUCAAGGACUGUCCCACUGGCAUCCUCAACCUGGAGGAGUUCCAGCAGCUCUACAUCAAGUUCUUCCCCUACGGAGAUGCCUCCAAGUUUGCCCAGCAUGCUUUCCGCACUUUCGACAAGAAUGGUGAUGGGACCAUCGACUUCAGGGAGUUCAUCUGUGCCCUGUCUGUCACCUCCAGGGGCACCUUUGAGCAGAAACUCAACUGGGCCUUUGAGAUGUAUGACCUAGACGGGGAUGGGAAGAUCACGCGCUUGGAGAUGCUGGAGAUCAUUGAGGCCAUUUACAAGAUGGUGGGGACUGUGAUCAUGAUGAGGAUGAACCAAGAUGGGCUGACGCCCCAGCAGCGUGUUGACAAGAUCUUCACAAAGAUGGACAAGGACAAGGACGACCAGAUCUCCCUGGAGGAGUUCAAGGAGGCAGCAAAGAGCGACCCCUCCAUCGUCCUCCUCCUGCAGUGUGACAUGCAGAAAUAGAGCCCUGGGGGCUCAUCGCUGGACUGGCUGAAGCCAACCUCUGCUCCCUGUGAUGGUUUCCACCCCUAUUUUAUGCUGAGUCCUCCCUAUGCCCGCUUGGCCCCAGGUGUGAGCCAUGCUCCAUCCCUCCAGCCACCCAUCUGCCUCCGCUCCCAGCUGUGUCCUGGGCAGCCCACAGUCCGUGGGCUGUAGCUCUCCCCUGACAGGUAGAGCCUGCUCUGGGUAUUGCUGGCUUGAGGUUACCCCCAAAUCUACCCUCUCCCAUCCUGGAGCUGGACUCCCUGCAGCCAGUGGUGAGCAUCCUGGCUCCCCAGGGCCAACUGUUCCCACGGCCCUGCUGCUUUCUCCCUGCUUUCUCCCACUGCUCCACCUGGCCCAUACCCUGAUCCUUCACUGAAACCAGCUCUUUCCCCUUUCUGCUAAUCCCUCCUUCAUGGCUUGUGAUGCCUCCAGGGAGGCUGAAAAUUCCCAAGUCCUGGCCCUGGUCUUUCCUUCACUGGCAAUUCCCUGCAAGGCUGCCCAGAGGGGCCAGGGUUGUGGUCCCAGGGUGCUGGGGAGCUUGGGCAGCGUGCUGCACCCGCCAUGAGGUCUCACUGCCUUGGCUCCCUCUGCCCGGCUUUAGCUUUUCCACCUCUGCUUUUGCUCCUGGGAACAGCCAGGGUUGGUCAGGGAACUUUAGGGGACAGCAGAAAUGUCCAAGGCCAUCCCCUGGAUGUAGCCUGUGUCUGAUCCCAGAAGCCACCUUCUACCCCAUCACCUGUGUGAGCUGGCAGAGCAAGUGCGUGACCUCCAUAAGUGCCCUGGCAGCACAUUGGGUGCUUUGUGGAGUUUUUGGCCUUCCUGGAUAUUGAGGUGAUGCCUGGGGUCCCAAAUUGAAGGCAGAGGCUGCCCGACUCAUCUGUGGGCAGCCCUGGGGCAAGGUCAGGAGUGUGGGUGUUGAAGGCAUGUUCUGGUACUGCUCCUGGUGUGUGGCACUACUGUGGGGACAGGUGGGUCCUGGAUUGGGGCUGUGGAGAAGUGUGGAUGGGUCCUGUACCUGCCAAGCCUCCUGGCAAGGCUCUGAGGCCACAAGAAACAUGUCUGUCUCCUUCUUCCCCCCCAUCCCAGCCUGCUGCCUCCAUCCCUUCUGCCCCAGGACAGGAAUAUUGUCACAGAUCAGUAUUUAGUCUGCACGUUGUGGUGUUGAUGACUGUAAUAUCUGUUAGGAGAUGGUGAAGUUGUUAUCUAUUUUUUUAAUGGAAAAAUAAACUGUCCCCCAUG